CGCGAGUUCAGCAACGGCAAAGACAUCCCAACACACGCAAAAUGGCCGGUAUCAAGCGCAAAUCAGUGGCGCCAAGCGCGCCCGAGAUCAAAUCCAAGAGCAAAAAGGUCAAGGUCGAGAAAUCAUCGUCGAAACGCGACUCGAAGCACGCGGUCAAGCCUGUGAAGAAGUCGAAGAAGGUGGCGAAGGAGGAUUCGGAUGAUUUCGACGAGUCGGAUACUAGCGAAAAAGAGAAUGGGUUCACUGGGUUCUCUGCCAACGAGGACAUCGAGAUGGACAGCCCUGAGGACGAUGCGAUGGAUGUGGACAGCAGCGAGGAUGCUACGCCUGAGAAGAGCAAGCAAAACGGGAAGGAGGAUGCUACAGACAAGAAGAAGUUCAAGGGCGAUUCGUCCGAUUCGAAGUUGGCUGGCUUGAAUGCAAACAACUCACGAGAAGCGCACGCCAAACAGAAGGCCCUGGCCAAAGAACGAAAGGCUGCGAAGCCCAACGCCGACAUCAUCGAGCGCUCGAAGAAGUUGUGGGAGAAGCUCAGGCUGAAGUCGCACAUCGAGAAGGAGGAGAGGAAGAAGCUUGUCACAGAGCUGUUCGAGAUUAUCACAGGCAGAGUCAAGGACUUUGUUUUCAAGCACGACUCUGUGCGCGUCAUUCAGACCGCCAUAAAAUACUCGACAAUGGAGCAGAGGAGGAUGAUUGCGCGCGAGCUCAAGGGCGAAUUCAAGACUCUGGCUGAGGGCAAAUACUCCAAGUUCUUGAUCGCCAAGCUGAUAGAGAAGGGUGACCCUGAGAUCCGCGAUUUGGUCAUCACCGAGUUCUACAGCCAUGUCAAGCGCAUGAUCAAUCACCCAGAAGCGGCGUGGAUCCUCGACGACAUCUACAGGCAGAUUGGAACUCCCGAGCAGAAGAACCGUCUCCUUCGCGAAUGGUACGGACCCGAGUUCUCCAUCAAGGGCCUGGAGGUGCAGGGAACAGACAGUGCAGAGCUCUCUGCUAUUCUAAAGGAGUCGCCAGAGAAGAGGAAGCCUAUUAUGGGCUACCUUGAGAACCAGAUCAACUCGCUCAUCCAGAAGAAGCUCACAGGCUUCACCAUGCUGCAUGACGCUAUGCUACAGUACUUCCUGGUUUGCGAGCCGGGCACUGAACAGGCGAACGACUUUUUGGAGCACCUGAAGCCUGACCCAACGAUCAAGGAGGGCGAAGAGGCCGAUAAUGUGGAUCUGCUGAAGAACCUCGCAUUCACCAAAUCAGGCUCGCGACUGCUAUCUCUGUGCUUUGCGUACGGCACAGCCAAAGACCGCAAACUCUUCCUGCGACCAUUCAAAGACACAAUCGAGACAAUGGCCUUUGAUGUCAACGCCCACCACGUCCUCCUCGCCGCACUAGCCGUCACCGAUGACACCAAGCUCUCCUCAAAAUCCAUAUUCAGCGAACUCCUACCCACCAACGACACGCUUCCCGAGAAGGUCCUGACCCUCGUCAACGACGCCCGUGCCCGCACAGUCCUCCUCUACCCCUUCGCCGCAGACGCAAAAUGGUUCCUCGACGACAACACGCGUGAGCGCCUCACCGAGCUGUACGCCAUCCGCGAGACAACCUCAAAGAAGGAGCCCGCCACGCGUCUCCACGAGAUCGCAAAGAACAUCGAGCCCCAGCUGUUAAGCGCCAUCGCCGCGCGCGCCGCCGACUUUGCCUCCUUCAGCUUCGGCCUGCAGUUUAUGGGCGAAGUCCUCGUUGGCGCGCCCGACGUCGAGCCCGCGAAGAGAAAGGAAGCCCUCGCUGAAGUCGCGCGCCUUUCGCAGUCCAUCCUCGACUCGGCACUCCCUGCUUCGGCCAACGACAACAAGGCAAGCAGCCACGGCAAAAACAUGCUCAAGACGCUCGUGCAGGGCGGCAAAUUCGACCCCGCAACCAAGAAGGUCGUCCCCGUCGAGCCAUCUCUCGGCUUCGCGGACAUCUUCUGGGACGAAAUCAAGGCCAGUGCUGUGGACUGGGCGACGGGCCAGGGCUCGUUCGUCAUCGUGGCGCUUACUGAGGCGGAGGACUUCUCGCGCAAGGCUGACGUGCUCAAGGCGCUCAAGAAGGAGAAGAAGAAGCUGGAUGCGGCGGCGCAUCCGGAGGGGUCUGCUGUUGUUGAGGCGGAUAAGAGUAAGAAGGGGAAGAAGGGCGAGAAGGCACAGGCUGGCCCGAGAGGGAAUGCGGGGGCGAGGAUAUUGCUGGAGAAGUUGUAGAUGUGUAUCUUUUUGUUGAUGGGCUUCUUGCAUUGGGCUAUGAAUUUAACGUUUAUGGCGCAAGUUUUUCGUCUUGCUGCUUUUGUGGACUUGAUAUCAUCUCGGGAUAGGUAUUCGUUCAGAAUAUGUAUUCACCUCCAGCAUUCCAUCCCAUC